AUGUCAGGCCGUGGCAAAGGUGGAAAAGCUAAGGGAAAGGCGAAGUCUCGCUCUAAUCGUGCUGGACUUCAGUUCCCUGUUGGUCGUAUUCACAGACUUUUGCGAAAAGGAAAUUAUGCUGAGCGCGUCGGCGCUGGUGCUCCGGUCUAUCUAGCUGCAGUGAUGGAAUACCUUGCUGCUGAAGUAUUGGAAUUGGCGGGAAAUGCCGCUCGCGACAACAAGAAGACCAGAAUCAUUCCUAGACAUCUCCAACUAGCCAUUCGCAAUGACGAGGAAUUGAAUAAGUUGCUCUCUGGUGUUACCAUCGCUCAGGGUGGUGUACUGCCGAAUAUUCAAGCAGUCUUACUGCCAAAGAAAACUGAGAAAAAAGCUUAA